CAUGUUCUGAUCCUGGACAAAUAGAAAAUGGUCAUAUCAGUAUACCAACUGACAUAUUAUUUGCCUCAGACAUCUACUUCUCAUGCAACCCAGGGUACAAAUUAGUUGGUGAAAAUUCUACUUUCUGUUAUUAUAAAGGAAAUGAUAUGGUUUGGGCUGAUCCAUUUCCAGAGUGCCGAGAAAUUCCUACAACUACUCAGAAACCCACCACGGCUCAAGUUACCAAAGCUCUGUCAUCGCAUCAGAAACCCACCACAGUAAAUGUUCCAGCUACAGAGUCCCCACCAGCUCUUCAAAAAUCCACCACAGUAAAUGUUCCAGGUACAGAGUCCCCAUCAACUCCUCCGAAACCAACCACAGUAAAUGUUCCAGCUACCAAGCCCCCAUCAUCUCUUCAAAAACAUACCACAGUAAAUGUUCCAGCUACAGAGUCCCCAUCAACUCCUCAAAAACACACCAUCAUAAAUGUUCCAGCUACAAAGCCCCCAUCAACUCCUCAAAAACCCACCACAGUAAAUAUUCCAGCUACGGAAGCCCCAUCAACUCCUCAGAAACCCACCAUCAUAAAUGUUCCAGCUACAAAGCCCCCAUCAACUCCUCAAAAACACACCACAGUAAAUGUUCCAGCUACAAAGUCCCCAUCAGCUCCUCAGAAACCCACCACAGUAAAUAUUCCAGCUACAGAAGCCACACGAACUCUUCAGAAUCUCACUACAAGAAAUUCUUCAACUACAAAAGCCCUACUAAUUCCUCAGAAACCCAACUUCACUGUUCCAGCUAUGGAUGCCCCACCAACUUCUCAGAAACCUCUCACAGCCAAUGAUUCAGCCACAAUAGCCAAGCUAUCUCCUGUCUCAAAUGUUCUAUCUACAGAGGCCCAACUAACAGUCCAGACUCUCAUGACAAAUUCUUCUGCUACACGAGCCACACCAAAACCCCAGAGCUUCACCACAACACAAGCUUCCUAUACACAGAGUCUCCCAGUAACACAAAAAUUCACUACGGUACAUGCCCCAAAGACUAAGGGUCUCCAUACCACACAAAGAUUGACAUCUGCUCAUAUUGCAGCCACACCGAAUCAAGCUGUUUUCACGACACCAAGCACCUCGAAAGGAAGUGGACUCCUUACAGCAGGGAUUACCAUCAUUGCAACUGGACUUAGUGUUGGUGCAGUAAUAAUUGCUAUCAUAAGUCUAACCAAAAUUUUCGGGGACCGUGGAAGAUCAGGCUCUUAUUACAUCCAGGAGAACAACAAAGCACCCAAUGUUAUGUUUCAUAAUUUAACAGAGACUGGUGAUGACUCAGAAGUAUGGCCUUCUGGUAAAUUAUAAAAGGUAUCUAGUUCUAUAAAAUCACAUUUCUUGCAAAAUGCCCACCGAUACUGUUGUCUCAGAGUGUGUCUGGUGCUGUUCAAAGAUAAUAGAGGCUCUCACCUCUAUUAUUGUUGGGACUCUUUCUCUUUUCGUGAAGGAUUGACUAACAUGACUAACAUUGAAUCUCUCACUAGUAUGACAUGUCAUCAGUUCUUGACACUUCCGCAAUAUGCUCAUCAUCUCAUUCUGUGUUUUGCACUCAGUGUAUUGUAAUGAUUCGAUGCUAGCAAUGACAUAAAUAUUUUGAGGGGAAAAACAAAAGGUUGAUACAUUAGGUCUACAAAUAAGAAUGCCUUUAUUCUAACUAUUAGUAUCAUGAGAUGAUUGGCGUAUAUUGUAUUUGUUUCUCUUUUUUGCUUGGUGGCUUUCAGAGUCUCCAGUGUUUAAGAAAUAUUAAAAUUUGAUGUACGGUAUAUUUUAUAAGUCCUGUGUAUGGAUCUUAUAAGAUAUCUCUUUUAUGUUGUCACAGGAAAUGGUUACACAAAAAUAACUUCAUGUUAACGUAUCUGUGAAACUUUCUAGGUGUCUUUUUCUUGGAUGAAACUUUCCUCUAUUUCGCAUGUAGUAGUCAAGGGGUUCUCAUUGACUUUUAAUCUGAAAGUAUCUCAAUUGAUUCUACCUCAAAAACUGUUAUGGUUGGUGUUGCCAUAGUUACUAUACUCUAGCUCCACAGUGGCUGAGGUUGUCUGUACUGUAUAAUUUUGCAUUGUUUGACACCCCAAAUUAGCCAAUUAAUUCUCCUUCAUGCUUUAUCAUAUCAUAACUUAGCAUUGCAUGUUUAUCACCAAUAAGUCAAAUUACUUUGAUUUUAACUUUUUAUUUUUAACUUUCAGGACACACAUUUAUGACAUUGACAGUUUUGCUUAUGAUGCUGGUAGCCACUGGCUACCUGACUUAGCCAAAGAAGAGAUAAGAAGAAGGUGCAUACAAGUACACAGAAUAUUCUAGUUUUUAUACGUUUCUGGAAGCAUGGACACAAUAUAUGCAGUAGUGGUCUUCAUCUUGCACAUUAUCAGUGUCUUCCAGGUGCAUAAGAAUGUCAAUAAAGCUAGAAGAAAAGACUGUGUCCUGGAAUCGCAUUCUCAACAUUUCUAAGCCUCUUGAAAACAGGACAACUCACAAGACUGAGAGUGAUUUCGUUUCUAAAAGUGUAGAGAUUUGUGAGCAUGAAGAAAAGGAAAUAAGUUAUUUUUUCCCAUUAGAUUUGUAAUGUUAUUUUUACUUACAAAAAAUAUAUAAAAAAUUAAAUACAUUAAUUGGAUAUUGAAAACAAAUGAAAAAAAAAAUAUUGCCCAGUCUCUUGAGGAAAAUUGCCAAAGAGAGAUGAACCACAUUAUAAAGUGACCCUUCUUGACUCUAAGGCAUUUUUAUCUUUCCUUGUUCCACUAAAAUGAGUUUGAAUGGGUUGGCAAAUGUUUUAAAUGAAAACAUGUUAAUGACUCAGAGUGUCAAGUUUCUCGGAUUUAGUUGGUGGCAAAGAAGAAGUAUAGAAGGAAGAAAUAAUUAUUUCUUUGCCACAUAAGUACAGAUAAUUAACAAGAAUUUAGCUCCUUACUUUUAAGAUGGAUUAGUGACAAUUUUAAUUUUAUUCUUCGGACAGUCUUUUUUUUUUUUUUUUUUUUGUAAAAGGAUCCUGGGAAAGGGUGAAAGGAUGAAAGGUGUUUUUUUUAUUAACUUAAUGUCUUUAAAAGUAUCCAGAGAUAUUAUAAGAUUAACAUAAAAAAGGUUCUAUAUUUCUGAAAUGAUUCUAAAUUAUACAUCGUAUUUUUUGUGAUAUUAACAUUAUUUAUUUAUAUUAGUGAACACACUGGAUUUACAUGUAUAAUAAAAAAAGUUCAAAAGGAUAUGUAAAGAAAAAUUUAUUUUCCCUAAAUGAAAUAAAUAAUUGAUCAUA